CUCGUCACCAACAAAAUGUCUUACGCAGCAGCAGCGGCUCUCUUCUUCCCGUCUACUGCCAGCGUCCGAUCUCCGGCUAAGUUCCUUCUCCGUCCUAAUCCUUGCCGGCUUCUUGUUCCUCCAACAAAUGGCGCAGCGAGCACCAAGAACGCUACACGUAGGCAAAUGAAGAGGCGAUUUGUAGUAGCAAAUGCUUUGCCUGUGGAGGAAGACGGUGUUUCACUCGGUACCAUGAAGCUUCCCAUGGAUACUGACAUCGCGAGAUUCGAAACUCUUCUCUUUCAGUGGGCGAACAGUCUUUGCCAAGGAGCCAACAUACCUCUUCCUGUUCCUCUCAAGGUGGAUAGAAUAAGUGGAGGAGCGAGGUUAGGAUUCAUAGUGAUGGAAGAUGAAGGCAAAACCGAUGUUCCGGUUUACAUAGACUGUUUGGUGUACCAGAGCACAGAGAGUGGUUCAGGUUCAGGACCAGUGUUCAUAGCGACACGUAAUGGGAGGAAGAAAGAUAAGGCACCUCCGGGAGAAGAAAGAAUCAUGAGAAGUCUCUUAGGAGCACUCAAAAGAGCUGUGGAGCUUGCUCGUGUCUCAUAGAAACUAUAAUACUCUUUGAAUUCAAUGCCGAGAUCAUUUCUUCUUCUGUUUUAAUGUGUUUGCAUCAUUAUCAUCUCUGUAAGAAUCAGUCUGGUCGAUAGUUUAUACUUUAUACAAGACUAAUAUAGUCCAUGAACCAAA